AUGCUGUAUGUGAAGCUGGCGAGUGACAGGGAGAUGGCUAAAGCCGAAGACACUGGAGAGAAUCUGCACAAGGAUCUAAGAACAGUGCAAGUGACCAAAGGAACUUUGAAGAGAGGUCACAGUGAGGGACCAUCAAAGGAGCAAAGAGCAAUGCAGGCCCCACUCUCCCAGCCUCCUGUGGUGACAGACUCAGAGUGGUUGGGGCUGAGUGCAGAAGAACAAUUGGCCUGGGCUAAAAAUAUUCAAGACCCUCGGAUUGCAGUGGGUUGCUAUUCCCCACUAGAAAAGAUAAUUAAGGGUUUAGGUGGCAUCCAUUCAUCAGGAGUGAGAAAACUGUUAGUCCAAGAGUUUCAACAGGAGAAUGAAGAACUUGAAAAACUUAAGGCCACAUCUUUUGACUUCCAAUUUGCUAGAGCAGAGGAAUACUACUACCAGCAAUAUCAAGAAAUGCUGAUGGAAGAAGCAUGGGACUACAAAAUGGUUCCAAAGUUGGAAAUGAAAAUGGAGGAGGAGGAGGAGAAAUCACAAAGUGAAAAGUCAGAAGAUGCUAAAGCGUGGGGUUAUCUAGUGUCUGAAAGGGAGCUGAAUCACAUAGAGAAACACAUACACCGAGCUGAACGAGCCAGGGGCCUCAGAGACCACAAGUAUCAACUACUCCCUCAGAAACUUCCGAGUGAAAUGCUUUUCCCCAAAAUCUUAACACUGGAGGACGAAAAGAAUGAAGAGAGCCAGAAAACACACAAAACGAAAACCAGAAAGCACAAGGUAGCAUGGGCAAAGAAGCAGAUGAAGGGGCAUCAAGAUCGAAUGAUUCGAGGGAGAGAGCUCACAGAGCAAAGAAAUGAUCGAAGGGAAGCUUGGAAGCUCUCCAAUCAAGCUUCUCCUCCCCUAAAACCUCAAGUAGAGAAGGAGGAGAGAGUAUUUGAAAGGGUCACAGCUUAUCCCAUCUUCCAACCUUACCAGAAAGCACGUAUAGAAGUGAGUGUCCUGAUGGAAAAAUCAAAAGAAGAUAAAAUUAAAAUACCGCUCCGAAGGGAGUUCUUGAGUAUACCGCCAUUUCUGAGAAGUCAACUAAAAAAGAAUAAAGUUUAAAUUAUUUUUUAUUGCAUUUUUACACAUUUUAUUUAUUGAAGUAAAAUUGUAGAAAGUAGACAAAUGAAAAGGCAACUCAACAUGCAUACUUGAAAAUUAUGGUUAAGACCAUACGUUGUGUGAUUCCAUUUAUGUGAAAUGUCCAGACAAGGCAAAUUUGUAGGCAGAAAGUAGGUUAGUGGUUGGUUAGAGCUGAGGGGUAAGGAAGAUGAGGAAGGGGGAGUGAUAGCAAAUGGGUCCAGGGUUUCAGAGGACAAAAAAAUUGUCCCAAAAUAGAUUAUGACAAUGAUUGCACAACCCAUAAUUUUAAAACACUGAAUUGUUCUAAGUGGAUGAAUUGUAUGGCAAUUCAGUAAAGAUGCUUAACAAGAAAAGAAGAAAUGCUGGAGUUUAUAGAAAAGGAAGUGAGUCUGGAAAUGUAGACAAAGGGCCAGAUCCUGCAAGGCUGUGAACCAGCACUGAGAACUUCAGAUUUUUAAAAUCUUGAAGGCACUGAGCAAUCACUAAGAAAUUGAUGAGUGGUCUGGAAGAAAUCUUGGUUUGAAAGGAAGCAGAAGACACCAUGUGUGUCUGUAGCACAACCUGGGCAAAGUGGAGAAAACUGAGAGGCCAGGUGGGAAUUAGUUACUGACUGAAGUAUGGCCAGUGAGAGGCUGCAGAGGAACAGAGAUUCUAGGCUUCUGUCUGAGGAAAUAAUGUGGUAAAAGUGCCAGGACGGGGAUAUAGGGAGAUGAUUUGGGGCACGUGGGGGGUGUCAUAUAUAUGUUCAAAUCAGCCCAUAUGCUGCAAGUAUAUCUGGCUUUAUCAACAAGUUUAUGAAAAGUUUUGAGGCUGUUGAUAUUUGGGGGGUCGGAGGUUACUGGGGAUUGAAACUCAAAGGCACUUUACCACAGGGUCUCAUAAGUUGCUGAGGCUAUUCCCAAUCUUGCAGUCCUCCUGCCUCAGCCUGCUGAAUCACUGGGAUUACAGGCUCCCAGCACCCAGCUUUAAAUGUAUAUAAAUCAAGACAGCAAAAACAGUGGAAGGGGAACUAGGGAAGGAACAGUCCUCAAGGAUGUCGUUUCACAUGUCAAAUGCACAGUCUUUAUCCACUGGAAUUAAUCUGGAAAGAAAUCAGUAAAAGUGACAUAACAGAAGAUUGGUGGAAAAGGAGGUACCCCCAUGUCAUGGUUUUAGAACAGACAGAAGAGAUCUCAAGUGAUUCUUAAAGAGGUAGGAUAUAGUUUGGAGGGUGACGGUAACUUUGUUCAGAUGAGAGAUGAGUGUGUUUGAAGGAAAGCAAGGUACAGGAAGAGGGGAUAACUGAUAGAACAGUGUCUCCUAGGAGGCAGGAAGAGCUAGAAUCCAGUCUUCCAAAGAGGCACUUCUACCCCAAACACCAAAGGGAAGGAGCAAGAAAUGAUGAGAGUACAAAGUUGGAAAAUGGGAGAAAGAAUCCCAGAAAACACCACGGGCAGACUUGAAAGGCUAGGAGAGAUUUGACACAUGAGCAGGACAGAUCUAGCAUUGCUGUUGCUGAGGACAGUGGUCCAUCCUGGCUUUCCAGAGGGCCUAAUGGUCCCUGGUGUGUAAAUCCUAGGCUCAGUCAUAUGAAAUUGCUAGCAUUUGACCAUUUUUAAGCUGAAAAAAAAAAACAAUCUUUUCAUAUGGAACAACCUAUUCAUUGACUUGACCUGCUAACUUUACAGCUAGAGAUAUAAAAAGAAUUAAAAUGAUCCACAGGCAUAGUGACCUAAGUAAAAUUUUCAAUGGGAGGGGACUGGAAAAAGGAGAAACUCUCUCAUGAAGAGAAAAUAAGAAUAAAACAGAUUACAACUGUUUGUGAAUAUGGCAGUGAAUUUCCUUUAUUCAAAGACAACCAUGACAAAUUCAUUAACUAUCAAAAGCUACAUUUUACUAAAAACAAUCUGUCUUUAAAAAUGUUUAAUCAUACAAUAUAUACAAUACAUGCUGCUUUCCAUUUGGAUUUCACUAUCCGUUUAAGUCCUAAAAGGGAGAAAAAAAUAACUGAUUAACAGUUUAUAAAUGAUAAGCCAAAAGUUCAUAUAAUAUAAGUGAAAUAUAACAACUAGCCCCUCCUCAGUAAAUAGGGCCCAGGUUAAUCCACAUUAAUGUCUUAGAUCUGUUCACUUCUUUCCUUCAAAAUAUUUUGACAGCAAAUAUUGGAACAAAAGAAGUUCAAUUAAUUGAAGUACAUAUUAAGAGGUUACAUUAAAUACCAAAAAGCUCUCAAUUCUCAAAAGCACAGAAAAUUGGAGCUAGGGAAAAAAAAAAAAAACUUAAUAAUCUUAUUCAAAAAUUCCCCAAUUUUCUAGAGAGACUUAUAGAUGAGGAAAAUGAAACUGAGAUGAAGUGACUUGCUCAAGGUUUUAAAGUAGGGCAGAGUCAACAGAUUCUGGUUCUGCUUUCUAGCCACAGCUGUUGACACUAUAGAAUCCCAGAUCAUUACCAAGAUUUCUUUCUAGACAUCUUCCCCUGCAUUAGAAUGAAGGAUUAUUUCAUAGCAAAAUUCAGAUUUCAGAAAUGUCCAUUUACUAACAACAUUCCAAGGUAACUGUCCUGAGCCUCCUUUUCUUCUUUGUACC